UCAUCCAAAGCUUGAUCGAUAACACAACAAACAAAGAAUAUGUGUUUUGUCAAACUCACAAGUGUUUUUCAACUCUUUCUUCUUGCAGUGGUCGUUCUUACACUGAGAUGUUGUGAAGCCCAAAACUCAGCUCAAGACUACAUCAAUGGGCACAACUCAGCAAGAUCAACAGUGAAAGUUGGGAAUAUUGUAUGGAACGCAACACUUGCAGCCUAUGCUCAAACAUAUGCAAACUCAAGGAAAGGUGACUGCCAAUUGAUCCAUUCAAAUGGACCUUAUGGAGAAAAUCUUGCAAAGGGAAACAAUGGGUUUAGUGGAGCAGCUGCAGUGAAGCUAUGGGUUGAUGAAAAGCCUUAUUAUAGUUAUAGCAAUAAUGCAUGCAAUGGUGGUGAGUGUCUUCAUUACACUCAAGUUGUUUGGAAAACCUCUUACAGAGUUGGAUGUGCAAGAGUUCAAUGCAAUGAUGGUUGGUGGUUUAUUUCUUGCAAUUAUGAUCCUCCUGGCAACUGGGAUGGAGAGUGGCCUUAUUAGCCAUACCACCAUAUGGUUUAACUCUUAGGUAUGAUUAUAAUAAAAAUAAUAAAGGGAAAAAAUACCUCUUUCAUCUCUACGUUUUGAAGCUAGUUUUUUACUUAUAGUCAUUUUAAAAUGGUACACUUUUACUCCUGAGAUUUUUACUCAAAAUUCAGACGUGUAUAACUGUACUAUUUUGAAACUUUGAAAAUAAAUUAACACACCCACGUUGAAAAUCCCAGGGGCAACCAGAAAGAGUGUUGUAUUUUUCCCUAGUAAGUAUAAGGGUUUUCAUAUAUAUGCUUUUGUUCUUGAAAAUAAGAUGGUGUUUAAAAUGAUGAUGACAUGGUUUCUUUUGAAACUAGGCAUCUAGAAGCCAUGAGUUGAGGAGAAGGUGUUCUAUUGUGUUAUGUUAGUGCAAUCAUAUA